CGGAUAUAGUGAAUGCGGGGUCCAGGGAGAGCGGAUAUAGUGAAUGCAGGGUCCGGGGAGACCAGAUAUAGUGAAUGCGGGGUCCAGGGAGACCAGGGUCCGGGGAGAGCGGAUACAGUGAACGCAGGGUCCGGGGAGAGCGGAUAUAGUGAAUGCGCGGUCCGGGGGGAGAGCGGAUAUAGUAAAAUGCAGGGUUCGGGGAGACGGAUAUAGUGAAUGCGGGGUCCAGGGAGAGCGGAUAUAGUGAAUGCCGGGUCUGAGGAGACCAGAUAUAGUGAAUGCAGGGUCCGGGGAUACCGGAUAUAGUGAAUGCAGGGUCCGGGGAGAGCGGAUACAGUGAACGCGGGGUCGGGGAGAGCGGAAAUAGUGAAUGCGGGGUCCGGGAGAGCGGAUAUAGUGAACGCGGGGUCCGGGGAGAGCGGAUAUAGUGAAUGCGGGGUCCGGGGAGACCAUAUAGUGAAUGCACGGUCCGGGGA